AUGCAGGACGUGACCUCCAAUUUUGGUGGUUUAGUCGAUCUCGAGGUUGUUACGCCUGCUGUUGCUGAGUGUUCUCCAUGCUUUUCUUCUUCCCGCACUCGUCUACCUUCUUUAAGUCCUCGUUCUCAUGACGUUUUUGAUGCCCAUCCUGUGGAAUCUGCCUUACUUGUUUCCUCGGAUAUGCCGUCAGAAAUUUGUGUUCCUGUUUCUGAUUCUAGUCGUUUCCUCACGAGUUCCUCACCUCCUUUACUCCCCGUUUCUGAUCUUUUGAUUCCGGUAUCUCAUCCGAUUGGGAUGGAAAUUUCUGAAACUAAGGAAAGCAAAGAAUCUGUUCCUUUACACCUCGGCUUGACUCACGAUGACCUUCUUUAUGUUGAACAAACGAAACCUUUGGAAUACGCUACUGCAAAAGCUAAAUAUUCACAUUCCGAUGGAUCAGGCCGUGAUGUUCAUGUUGGUCUUAUCGGGAGUGCUGAUGAAACAAUAUCGAAAGUUAAAUCUCUACCUCCCGGCCCAUCUCCUUUACAGGCUGUUAGUAUAGAGACGGAAGAUCAUCUGUCCGCUCUUCCAGGCGUGUCUACAGUCUCUCCUUCGGAGGCUGCAAUUUAUAUUGACGAAACUGGAAAUGAAUUGCCGAUUGUCUUUUCCCGCACAACUACAUCGGAAUCGGUGAGACCUUUGGAUGCGGAUCAUAAUCUCAAAUCUGCUGCAUUUUUGGCUGUCACGGAAUCUGAACAUAUAGACUCCUUUACGGCCUCCCAGAGGCAGGCCAAUAUGCCUGAAGUUGUUUCUGCUGAUAAAUGUCUAACGCGACAUUUGUCACUUUCGUCUUCACGUAGUCUGAUCGGAAGUGUCGAGACACCUCCCCAUGUUUCAAGAUUCUCAGAUUCUUCUUUGGAGAUACGUGUCAAAGUCCCCCGUCGCCUGUUUUAUGCUGCAAAUACUCAAGAAGUAGUUUGGGAAGAAGUUGUCUUGUUUGAUCAUGGCCAAGAAAGCCCGCUUCCUUUCCCAAAUGUCUCAGUCAUAGUUCCCAUUCCUGAACCAAACUUGAGCAUUGCACCCCAACGUUCAUUUGCUCAAGAUAGUGAGGGAGAACCACCAAUGGGAGAAAACAAUGAUCUAGUUCCCACCUACGCUUCACUUCCGUGGCCGAAAGCUAAAGAAUAUGAAACCACACAUCACACUGAUAUCAUUGUUGGCACUGGUUUGGGUGCCUCAGCUCCGGAAAUUUGCACUGACAAGGCAGGCUUAGAGCCUUCUGCUGAGGUCAUGAAUUUACUCUCGGUGGUUCCAAUUUCAUCUGCUCCAGUAAGCGGUGAAUUGAUGAUGUCUGACGUUUCGCCAGCCAUUGAAAGCCUCUCUUCACCUACCCUUUCAUCCUCAAUAAAGUUGCACCAAGAACCUAUGAGUAGUGAGCUGGACGUUUAUAUUCUUUCGCCUUGUAGUUCUGAGGAAGGCAAAGUCGUUCCAGGCACUAAUAAGGAUGAACCUAGCAAAGGUCAAUUCGUUUCCAGUGAAUCCACUAUUUCAGGUGAGGAGAAAGUUGAAGAGGGUACUUGGGAUGAUUUGUCACAACUUGCAGCUGCCGCUGGUGCCACAUUAGCUGCCGAAUAUGCCUCAGAGGACGACGAAGAAGAGGAUGAAGAUGAUGAUUACGAAUUCAAAUCAGUUGGAUUUGAGUUGUCCAGACCUCGACCGGCGCCUGAAACAACGCUGGAUCGUUCCUCACAACUACUUUCACGACUUAAAUUUUAUGGUCUGGGAACUCAACAAGUUGCUCAGCCUUCACCACGCCUGUACGAUGUAGAACGUGGUAUGAGUAAAGACAUCGAAGAGAACGAAAAUAUUGAAGAACAGGUGGCUGAGGAGGUUAUUCUCGAUGAUGAAGAAGAGGAGGAUGAGGAAGAACAUCCUAAGAUAAUGGUUGAGGAUCUGGAUAGCAUACUUCCCACUAUUCCAGAAGUUGCAGGCCUGGUGACGCCAGAUGAUGACGACUCGUUAAACGAUGACGAAAUUCCGAUGGAUUUGAAGCUUGUCCCAGCUCAUGAGGAGGAUGAAGAAGAGGACACCUCUCUGGCAUUUUCUAGACCCGUCUCUGAGUACCGGCAACAAGUGCAGUCGCUCUCAAGACUCUCUGCAUCAUCCGAAAGAAGUUCCUUCACUGCAACGGUGACUGACACGACCGAAGAGUCGAGCAAAGAAAGUCAAGCGACAGUAAUUCAGAUCGGCAGUGAUACCUUAACGAAUGCUGGCAAAACUCAAGAGGCCUCAAGAACUACUCUUGCGUCUCUGGACUCUGAUUUAAAUCUCGUCGACGAAACACGACUAUCCGAUAGUUUUCCGCAGCUUCCUAAGGAAACCAUUGAUGCCUCAAUGCAAGAACAAGUUGCACUGGCUACAGCAAUAUCAACUGAUCAGGUUACUGAGGAUAAAUCAUCCGGCAGUCGCCAUUGUGCGGAUACAGUAUCUACACCAAGCAUUUUGGAACGUUCUACAUCAAGUGGAAUCUACUGUCCACCGAAAGGUCGGCUUCAGGGUUUUCCACGAAAGGGUGAUCCUGGUGCAAGUGAACCGGCUCUUUCUAAAACUGAAGCUACUGCAAGUCAGUCACCAUCUUUGGCAGAAUUUGAGCGUUUGGAACAACAAAUGAUUGCUAACUCAUCUCCAGACUCCCUUCAAAAGACUUCUGGUGAGCUGAAAAAGGAUUCGAGCAGCAGAACUAGCAGUUCUGUCUCUGAAUUUGAACGAAUCGAGGCCGAAGCAACUAAACCGUUCUCAGCGAGUAGUGGAGAAAUACCAUCUGCUACAAAAGGCGCAGGAGACAGUUCUCUGUCUUCUCUGUCCGAUUUCCUUCGUGCAGAACAGGAGUGUGCCAGUAGCCAAGAGUCUGUUCAACAACAACCGAUUGAUUCUCAGCUGACCGCACUGACCCACAAGACUAUUAGUACCAUCUACGAAGAUGUUCUAGCCGAACAGAUGUGUCAGAGUGUCGAGACUUCCCGAUUGACAGAUUCCUCUGAGAUAGUAGGAGAAGUUGACUCACUUGUGCAAUCCUCCAUCCAUGAUUCACUUGCCAGUAGCUCUUGUCAACGCGAGGUCCUGCCGAUUGACCUUAUUCGCGAUGUCAUUCGUGGUGCUCGUGAUGUACUUGAACAGCGUUAUCCUCGAGAUCAUGAUUCUCUGGGCGAAGCGGACUCAUUAGAAGAAGACUUCCCGCAAAUCAUGGAGACAUCGGCAGAUUCCCUAGACGGCCUCCAACAGCAUAGUCAACAAGGGCAAUGGGGAGAUAGCUCUUUGUCAUCUGAGGCUAAUUACAGUCGUCACAUGACCGAUUCUUUGGAGGACAGUGGUGCUGCAAUGGCCAGUGGAAGUAGGGCCUCAACACAACCUCCCUCACAAUCUGAAGUUCUUUUCCUGCCCCUUCUUGGUCCACCUCCAAUACCGAUUCAGUCCAGCGAACUGCCACAGUUAUCCAUUCCCCGUUCCACUAGUGGAGAUGAAGCUUUAUUGAAAAAGACAGACACCGACGAGGAGACAUCAUUUAAGCGACUACCCGUUUCUGCGAGCAUUACCUCUCUGAACCUAGCUCAAGGGCACGUACCUAUUUCGCAAACCGACUCCAAUUUGGGCUCCACGGUUUUCGACGUGUCCGAGGAUGAAUUUAAAGGACCUGCGCAUCCGGGCGCUUCAGUAACCGAAAGUCCUUUAAAAAGCCUUUCCUCCUCUCCUGUCCUCAUCCAUGGAAGAGACGUUGAAGAUAUUCCCGAAAGCUCUUCACCCAUAACCCCAAUGGCUGGUCCCUUUAGCCCGAAGGAUAUUUCUACGCCAACCAUGACAGAAAUUAGCAGUGUAGUUGACGAGGAAAUUGGAAAAGAUUUUGAAAUCAUCCGAGCUGCUGAUUAUGAUUUUCCACAUGAGCAAAAAUGA